AUGGCUGAGCUCAAGCCACGUCAACGAAAAUUCGCCCCACGUUCACGCACAGGAUGCCUUACUUGCCGCACAAGACGGAAACGAUGCGAACCCGAUUCUGCUCGACCGGACUGCUCCAACUGCAAACGCCUAAACCUAACAUGCGAAUGGCAGGCACAGCGCAAAGUUGUUGUUGUUGGACAAUCGUCUGAGUCCAGUUCACCCAGCCCAGAAAGCCAGGCCCCCGGGCAAUUGCAACCAUCUAUUGAUCCUUGGGAUGCAUUACCUGGAGAUGCAACGUCAGAAAGGAAGCACCUUCUCCAAUAUUAUGUGGAGGCAUUUGUGCCAAGCGUUUCUGUAGCAACAACUCCGACAAGCUUUUAUACAUCCUUGUAUAUGCCCUGGGCUUUCCAAAGCGAGGGAAUGCUGGACGCGAUUCUUGCCAUUACUUCUGCCCAACUUGCCCGAAGAAGCAUGGAUCAAAAUCGUGCGCAGAAUCUACGAGCUGUUUCGACUAGACAUGAGAGGAAGUGCUAUGCAUUCAUCCAGAACCGGGUUUCCCAAACUGGUGUGCCGAUUGCAGACACUUACCAAGUGGCUGCAGUCAUCCUUAUUCUGGUCGGUCUUGAAGCUCUUAAUGGUGUGAAGACUACCCGGUGGAUGUCGCAAAUCCAGUGUGUGCAGCGAAUCUUGAACACACUCACUCCAGAACAACAUCUCGUAGAUUGCUGGGAAGUCGACUCUCUUCGUCGCCAUUUCACAUAUCACUUUGUAUCGGCCUCUCUUAUGGCGCGAGUUUCGGGAUCUCCUUCUUUUUCAUCCUCCGCGGAGCAGGAACUGUCGCCGCUUCUAAGCCCCACAACUAUGCCGCUCACCGUAGAUCCUUUGAUGGGCAUAUCGUAUCAGCUCUGUAACCUGACCUCCCGGAUUCAGUACCUGAGCUCUUCAAAUCCUACCUACUUGGCAUCCUUCAAUGCUAUUGAGCAGGGCAUUCUGAACUGGACUUACGAAAGUCCUUUCACCUUGGGUAUUGAUCUCACAAUAGCGCUAGAUCUCGUUGCACUCGCUGAAGCCUACCGUCUUGCGGCAUUCAUUCAGUUGUACCGCACUUCCCCUACCCAUGCAGCGCUCAUCCCAACCUGUGCCUCGCGAGCAAUGGAGUUCAUUGUCAGGAUUCCAACCGGCAGUCCUGCCGAGUCGAGCUUAUUGUAUCCUAUAUUCCUGGUUGGUGCAGAGUUGGAAGACGAUACGGCACGUGAGACAUGUUCCAAGCGGUUGGAAGAUAUUCAAAAAAGAAACCGUUACGAGAAUGUGGCUGCCGCACAGAAAGUCCUAAAAGAGGUCUGGCGGCCCACUUUGAAAGGUGGAAAAAAGAGAAAUUGGGAAGAUGUUCUUAGGGAGUUGAAGUGGUCGUUCACUCUCGGAUAG